CAUGCCGAAGGAGGCUCUAUCGCAUCCCUCCCUGUGGUCCACCCCUCCUCGGCUCGCUUCCUCCGCCUCCAGCUCAGCGACCCUCCGUGCAUCCUCCACUCAGGAGGGCGAAGCAGCGACGCAGAGGCGGCUGGAGGAGCCGAGCGGCGGCGGCGGUGGCGGCGGCAUCGUCUCCCAGUUCAGAUGCGAAAACACUCGACCCUUUUUCUGGAUGCAUUUUGGAUUGACUUGAUUUGGGGUGGACGAUGAGUCAAAGGUCGACGACCAUGCUUCUUUUCGCGUGUCUGAUGUGGAAGCAGCUGCUGAUCGCAGAGGCGUCCUCUGGAGAUCAUGAGCUGCGACUGUUUCCCCUUCGCCACUUCAGACGCCAUCCCCUGCCACACCAGCUGGACCUGAACCUGCAACACAAUGAUGGCUCGUCUUCUGAAUCUCACCUCAACCAUCUUCACCACCGCCUGCCUGCCGCUCUUCUGAGCUCCCGGUUCCGAAAGGCCCCCGGCCACCAGCGAGCCCUCAACCUUCUGGCUCGACCUGACCAUGAGGUGAACUUGGAACACGCGGUGGUGUCUGCGAGACAUCUGGUCACAGUGCUCCUGGCUGUAGAUGUGAGGCAGCUCAACGUCGGCCUUCUUCGCUGGUUCAGGGAAGGUGUAGCCGCAGCUUUGGGCGUUCCUGCAGGGCACGUGCACAUCAACCGACUCAAUGAGAAGAAGAACGGCAUCGAGCUUUUCGUGACCUCCGACAGGCCUGAGAUCUCUGAGCCGCUUCCUGCAGAGGAAGUCAUCCAGUUGCUCAACGUGCGGGUGCUCCACCGUCACCUCGGCCACUUUGGAAUCACGGAGGUGUCCACAGAGAAGAACGUCCUGCAAGGGGAGCAGAGGGACCACGUGUGGAGCCAUGAGGGGUUUUACUCCAUCAUCCUCUUCUUCACCGUCUUUGUCAUCGUCAUCACCUGUUUGAUGGUUUUGUACCGACUGAAAGAGAAGGUUCAGACUUCUGACAGACGUGUCAAAACACUGCCCCCAGAAUUCCACCUCACCCCCAAUGUUCCCUCUGACUCGCUCCACAAGUCAAAAGGCAACAAGGGGUCGACGCCAGGAAGCAUGGUCCAAGCUGAGCUGCCUCCUGUUGUAGCCACGCCCACUCCCCAGCAGCAGCCAGUCAUAGCUUGCCGCCGCUUAUCUCCUCCCAUCGUCCCUCUACCGAGCCCCGCACCCGUUACCUUCAUCAGCAGCAGCGACCAGGCCCCACCGACCACCGUCGCCCCCGUGAACACCAGCAACGAGCUCAAGCCGUGCCCUUCCCCGUUCAAGAUGAAACCUGCUGCAGGUCUGCAGGAGAGACGAGGCUCCAAUGUUUCCCUGGUGCUGGACAUGUCUGCUCUUGGGUCUGUGGAGCCCCUCAGCAUGGCUGUAGUCACCCCACGGGAGGCGGCCACCAGAGAGUACCUGCUGGCUGCAGGGAGGCCUCUGACCAGACAGCAGCUGCGUGACCUCAUCAACAACACGCACAAGCUGCACGCAGAGUUUGCUGAGGUACCCAUGAAUUUCAUCGACCCUAAGGAGUUGGAGAUACCGAACCAUGGAACCAAGAACAGAUACAAGACCAUCCUGCCCAAUCCACACUCCAGAGUGAUCCUGAAAUCCAAAAGUUGCAAUGACCUUCUGAGUUCCUACAUCAACGCCAACUAUAUACGGGGUUACCGGGGCGAUGAGAAAGCCUUCGUAGCCACACAAGGUCCCAUGGUGAACACGGUGAAUGACUUCUGGCAGAUGGCCUGGCAGGAGGAGGCGCCCGUCAUUGUUAUGAUCACCAAACUGAAAGAGAAAAAUGAGAAGUGUGUGCUGUACUGGCCAGAGAAGAGGGGGAUCUACGGGCGAGUGGAGGUCCUGGUGGGCAGCGUCAGAGAGUGUGAACAUUACACCACUCGCAGCCUCACACUCAAGUGUGGCAAUCAAACCCGCACCCUGCAGCAUUAUUGGUACACAUCUUGGCCUGACCACAAAACACCUGACUCUGCGCUACCGUUGCUGCAGCUGAUGGCCGACGUGGAGGCGGACAGACGGGCGGCCGCCUCCAUGGGUCCUGUUAUAGUUCACUGCAGCGCCGGGAUUGGCCGAACCGGCUGCUUCAUCGCCACGACGAUAGGUUGUCGACAGCUGCAGCUGGAGGGUGUUGUGGACGUCCUGGGCAUCACCUGCCAGCUCCGGGCAGACAGAGGUGGGAUGAUUCAGACAGGUGAGCAGUACGAGUUCGUCCAUCACGCCUUGGGCUUGUACGAGGCCCGCCUCUCGGUAGAGACGGGCCAAUGAGGACUCACCGUCAGAUCCAUGCUGACUUCGCCUCGGCUGGGGUUUCAUCUCCGAGAUUUGGGACGUCUCUGAUGUUUCUGGUUGAACUAGUUGAGUUGGGAAGGUAAAUUUCUGACUAGGGAAUGUUUGUUUCCUUCUCCUGGGCUGCGACGUCGCCGAGCGGCUCCUCACACCAGACUUCUUUGUUGAAUUUCAGCCAGACUCCCUCUUUUCUGUCUGCAAUGAAUCAACACUGUCCUGUUUCCGUGUCUCAUGAGAAGCUAUUUCAACAAGAUUUAUAGCAGCCGACUGGAAAUUGACUGUUACCGCAUCGUAACUCAUUUUUGUUAUUUCUCCUUGGCUGCUGUUGAUCUUUCCGCCUUCCUGGUCAUUCUCUGCUCUGAAACUUCAGCGUUUGUGACAUUAUGUUAUCAUGGACAAAAAAUCUGAGAUACCAAAUAUUCGCUCUGAUUUUGCUCAUAAAACAGCUGUUUGUUUACGAGAGAAGUGAAAAACAACCUUUAGUACUAAAUAAAGAACUAUAAUUAAAUUGAUUCAGCUUUACUUCUUGUAAAGCAAAAAGAAAAGGCUACACACCACAAAACCUUCUCAACUGGGAUUUAACUCAAAGCUCUUCUCAUGGUAUCUUCUGGAUGACUGAGCUCCUCAACCUUACCCCCUAGAUAGAAGCCAUGUGCUAAGGAAUACAAAAUUGUUGUCAUUUUUGUAGUUUGUUUGUCUGUAUUUUAUAAAACACAUUUCAUACUCCUGGUGCCAAAAAGCCAAGAAGCAUGUUUCACUGCCAUGUUUUUACUGCAGAUCAAGUAUCUGUAAAGAUCCAAUAUAUGUACAAACAUUAGCUGCAUCUUUCUUUCAGUUUGCAGAAGUUAAAGAGAGCAAUAGUUUUACCCCUCCUCACAGUAAUCCUUAACAAUUUUGCCUCAGAGCACUUUAAAUCUUCAUUAAGCUAUUAUGUUUGUCAAAAAUACACUAAAUACAAAAAGCAAUUCAAAUUGUUUCAGGGUUGAAACAUUAAUGUUGGAGCACUUUUUAGUCUGUCGUUAUAUAUGCUAAUGUUCAAGAGUGUUACUUAAACGUAGCAUUCAGUAGCCAUAAAAAAAAAGCUAAUUUGCCAAUUCAAAUCAAUGUAUCCUCAUUACUAAUAUUAUGGUGAGUAUUGAAACACUUCAUAAUGACAUGAUAUUCAGCACUUUACGUUCAUUUAUAUCCCAUGACCUAUUUUGUUUCAGUGGCUAACAGGAGGCUAAUGGUAGCAUUGCUAAUUAAAAUAAAUAAUCCAGCACGAGUCAAUGUAUUGGGGCGAAAUAGCGCCAUCUGACUGUGUUCAGAGUUAUUCAUAUUAAAAUAGAGCCAAUGGACUUCAUACAUGUUAGAAAAGCAAACUAUCUGUAAUGCAGGUUAAAUAUUUUUACAAUGAUAAAUAUAAAUAUGAAUGAUUUAGGACUGAAUAAUUAUUGUUAAAAGCACGUUGCGAAUAGUUAAAUGUUGUGCAGCCAUUUAGCCUUCAUUGCAUUGACAACCGUUUUAAAAACCAAAAAUGUGCGGUGUUGCAUCUUUUUCAUGAUGUACGUUUUCCUAGUUAGUGACUUAUUUUGUUAUAUCAAGAUCUGACCUUUAUUUUUAUACUACUGAACUUCUUGGUGUCUUUCAGCUGCCGUUUGUCAGCACUUUUACUUCUCUUACUCAACUUUGUCUGAAAUAUUUAGGUGUGAACAAGCCCGUGAUAUGAAGUCAGUCCUGUCUUUAAGUUCUUGUUUCAUACAGCUACUGUACAGAUACAUGUUCAAGUGCUAUUAAACUCUCAAGUGUAGUCAGUGGCAUUAUGGCCCAAGGUUAUGGACGCUAUGAUUCUGGCUGGCAGAAUAACUUUUUUUCUACGUAGCUAUUUAUUUUUGUUAGCCAUAUUCUUUACAGUGAAACCAGGCGCCUGCUUCUGGUCAUAAUCUAGUGUGCUGGGAACGAUCUUUUUAGAAGGGUGAAGUGUCUGUGUGUUUGCUAACAAAUGGCGACUCCGGCCUCUGACACAGUAUUGUGUGCGGUUCAUGUUCUGUGCCGUGUUGACCGAGCUUAAAGGGAUGCUGGACAUUCUCCAUGGUGGCCAGAGAAGGUGGAAGGUCUUUUUCGUCAUCAACUGUGUCCAUUGUUCAGGCUCCUCUUCAUAAAGACACAGUUUUUUAGUUUCAAUAAAUGUAUACAUUAAUAAUAAUAAUAAUGAAAGGCUCCAAAAAUGCCAUAACCUUCCACCCAAGUUUUCAUUGUUGUGCUGGUUAUAAAAUUUGGAAUUUUAUAUUCAGAUUUAUGUUUAUUAUGAGCACUACUUUCUGUAUUUUUAUUUAUUUAUUAUUUAUUAUUUAAUCAAAUAAAAAAAUUGAGGUGAGGUCAAGCAACAGAGUAAUAAUAAUAAUUUAUUUAUUUUUGUCAAUGACUUUGCAUGAUUUACAGAUUUAUGUCACACUUAAAUAAAUAAAAUACAUUUCAGUUUGAUGUAUUAUUGUCUAAUACAAAUAAUAAUGGAAUCAUUUCAGGUACUGUGUUCUGAGAGUUUUUGUUAUUUCAUAUAAAAUUCCUGUCGUGUCUGUCAUUGGCGACCCGAUCCAUGGCAGAAUGUCCAGAGUCUCUGUUGCUCAGUGUGACGAUAAACUUGUUACAUCUGACACUUGAGUCGUGUUUGUGGCAUUAAUGUAUCAAUAAUCAACAUGAAUGUUGUUAUAGUCCAGACACUUAGCCGGCGAGUAGUGCUGUAACCUUUUAUCUACUCUCUAUAUAAUCUAGCCCUAUAAUCUGUAUAUAACAGUGGGGACGGAACAAUGUCUGCUGUGUGAAUUCCUGGCGUCAGAUGUUCGGAUCUGAGAAUACAGGAGAAACUGCUUUGAUGACUGAUAAAAGUGUGUUUUUAACUUUGUCUUACACAAUAAAGAGAUUCUGAGAAGGAGCUUGUUCUCAUU